AUGGGUAUAAAAACGACCUCCAGAAGCGAGAGUUUAAAUUCCCAAGUUAAAAGAUCAAUAAGAAUAUUAAAAAGAAAUAAGAACUGCCGCAUUCUGACUGUUUUUGAUAAUAUUAUUAAGAGCGAAAACGACAAUUUCGAAAAAAAAGUUUGUAUUCAAAAAGAAAAAUUAUAUGGCCCUUAUAAAGGAAAUUUAGCUGUAAGCUGAAACAAUGUCUUUACAAGAUAUAGCUAUAAUCUUUUUCAAAAAUCCUUAGAAAAAAUAGAGCAAUGUUCAAUUAAUAAAGUUGAAGAUGGUAAUAUCUAUUAUUGCAUAAAUAGCAGCUUUAAUUUAAUUUUAGAUAAGAAGGGGAGAAAGGUAAAUUUAUAA